AUGAGAGGAAAGAAACUGCAACUAAAUUAUUCAAUCACUCCUCUUGACGACUUGAGCAAUGCAAAUACGGUUGAGGUGAUUGGCCAGGAAGAAUUGGGGGUUUGCGCGGAUUUUUGGGGACCAAUCAGUAGUCGCCUGACACGACCGAAUGCCCAAGGACAUAUUGAAUUAUAUGAAGAAGAUCAAAAUGUUAUACAAACCAGUGAGGAAAGCACGCGGAGGGUGUGGGUUAUCCUAGGGGCUGGCAUCAUUGGCGACAAAUCAAAUCAAAUUAAAUGCUUCGGGAAGAUUUGUAGUGAGUACUUGCAAGUGGAGAUGCAGACCGAUCGAAUAAUUUUCUUCACACAGAAUCGCACAAUGGCGUGGCGUAGUCACAGGCCACUCGAAUUGACAGUGGCGAAGGGGACUAGAAAGCACGCGCGUUCCAAGCUGCAAGAAGCAUACUAUACGGCUCGCUUGGGAGCUGCCUUGCAGAUCAUGACGCCUGACUUCCAUGGCCUAGUUGGUAUGACCCAGUAUCUAUUGCGAGCUGUCAUUGACUGGUCCUGUUCCGUGCACAAGGCAAUUCCUAUUUACCAUCAGCUACGGCACACGUACCGAUCGAACCAGCUACUCUUGUUUUGGAUGGCCGAGCUUGCAGCGCCAGCGCGCGAGUGUGAUCCAUUUGGAUCUGGUGUCCCACGGGGACCAUUCCCACAGCCAUGCGCCUUCCCACGGAAGAAAACAAGCCUCGCAAGCUCGGCCAAUCACGAACAUCACCUGUGCAUUCGGCGGCCUGACGUCAUGUAUGCACAGAUCCGAGAGUUCACAACCAUUCUGCCGCCGAUCUUGAAACUGCAAUAUUCUUCUUCUAAUUCCAUUAACACCCGAAGCUUUGCUGCAUUUGUGGCGGAUUUACAUAGCUCUUCCGAGUUUUUACAAGUGUGAAAUCUGGGGCCGCCGGGGUCUGCCGAAGCGCCAAUUUGCCUAGAUCUUAACCUCCGCCUCCAAAGAAACUCAGUCCAAGUCGAGCUCCAGUAAAGAACGCCAGGUGCAAAAGAACAAAAAAUGAAAAUGGAGGAACCAGCGUCCCUCAGGAAUUUAAUUUCCCGGUCUCUCGAUCUGGUGACAUCCUUUUGACUGCACGGCAGCCUUUAAUAUAUUUAUCGCUUCCUAUCCUUAUUGGCACAUUGGAGUAGCCCCCUUUAAUAAGUCACAAUACUUAAAUUGCUAUGUCGGUUAAGCCAUGUCGUCUCAUUCUGUUCC